ACAUAUAAGAAAUUUUGCGAUUGAGUUUGAUUGUCGCUAGAGAAGCAAUCUUUCGGCUUUUGGCGUUCAAGGCCAGCACAACAUGGUCUCCACACUUACAGUCUCUCCCGCCAGACCCAUAACUGCCAUAACUACCAUUUCCCAGUUCCCAGAAAAACCCAAAACCCUAAUUCUACAACAAUGCAAAACGACCAAAGACCUCAACCAAAUCCAUGCCCACCUCAUCAAAACACGCCUCGUCCUCAACCCAGCCAUUGCCGAGAACCUCCUCGAAUCUGCUGCCAUACUUCUCCCCAACGCCAUGGACUAUGCGCGCUCGAUUUUCCGAGAAAUGGACGAACCUGAUUCGUCGGCUUACAACAUCGUGAUUAGGGGUCUCAUAUAUAAGCAAUCUCCUCAUAAUGCUGUACUUUUGUUCAAGAAAAUGCUCGAAAGCUCGGUAGAACCCAAUGAAUUUACUUUUCCUAGCAUCUUGAAGGCUUGCUCUAGACUAAGAGCGUUAUGUGAAAGUGAACAGGUUCAUGCCCACAUUGUGAAACGUGGGUUUGGGUCAAGUGGGUUUGUUGAGAACACUUUGAUUCACGUGUAUGCCAAUUGCGGUAGAGUUGAAGUUGGUCGUCGGGUGUUCGAUGGAAUGUCGGAGAGGGAUGUUGUUGCGUGGAAUUCGAUGAUUGCUGGGUACACAAAGAGCGAGUGUUGGGAGGAGGUUGUGAAGUUAUUUUGUAGAAUGAGAGAAUUGGGAGUUGGGUUUGAUGAGGUUACAAUGAUUAGUGUUUUGACGGCAUGUGGGAGGUUGGCUGAUUUGGAAUUGGGGGAGUGGAUUCAUGAGCAUAUAGAGGCAAAUGGAUUAAAGAAAAACCUUCUUUUGAUGACUUCUCUUGUUGAUAUGUAUGCGAAAUGUGGUGAGGUGGAUACUGCACGAAGACUGUUUGAUCAGAUGGAUCAAAGAGAUGUCGUGGCAUGGAGUGCCAUGAUUUCUGGUUAUAGUCAAGCAAAUCGAUGUAGAGAGGCUCUUGAUCUGUUUCAUGAAAUGCAAAAGGCCAAUGUGGAGGCCAAUGAGGUCACCAUGGUCAGUGUGCUUUAUGCUUGUGCUGUCCUUGGAGCUUUAGAAACUGGUAAAUGGGUCCAUUUUUAUAUAAAGAAGAAAAAAAUGAAGCUCACUGUUACUCUUGGAACUGCACUGAUAGAUUUCUACGCAAAGUGUGGGUCUCUAGACAGUUCUAUUGAAGUUUUUAAUAAAAUGACUUCAAAAAACGUCCACACUUGGACAGCACUGAUUCAAAGUCUAGCUAGUAAUGGACAGGGGGAAAGGGCUCUGGAUUUCUUCUAUUUGAUGCGGGAAAAGAAUAUUGAGCCAAAUGAUGUAACCUUCCUUGUCGCUCUUGUUGCUUGUAGUCAUGCAGGUAUGGUUGAUGAGGGUCGAAGUCUUUUCGUCAGUAUGAGUAAAGAUUUUGGUAUUGAACCAAGAAUUGAGCACUAUGGUUGUAUGGUUGAUAUUCUUGGUCGAAUGGGGUCAAUUGAAGAGGCAUAUCAGUUUAUAAAGAACAUGCCCAUCCAACCCAAUGCCGUUGUUUGGAGAACACUGUUGGCUUCAUGCAAGGUUCACAAAAAUGUUGAAAUUGGGGAAGAAUCAUUUAGAUGCAUAACCAGUUUGGAGCCUGCUCAUAGUGGGGAUUACAUACUUCUAUCAAAUAUUUAUGCAUCGGUUGGUAGACGCGAGGAUGCGCUGAGGGUGAGGUGUCAGAUGCGGGAGAAGGGAAUUAAAAAGCCACCAGGUGGUAGCUUGAUCGAGUUGGAUGGAGUAGUUCAUGAAUUCUUCUCGGAAGAUGACGGGCAUGCUCACUUAAAGGAGAUAUAUAGUGCAAUAGAAGACAUGAUAAAACGGAUCAAGUCCGCCGGCUAUGUGCCCAACCCAGCAGAUGCAAGACUGGAUGCUGAGGAAGAUGAUACGGAAGCUUCAGUCUCUCACCAUAGCGAGAAGUUGGCCAUUGUCUUUGGUCUUAUCAGAACAACUCCUGGAACUACAAUCAGAAUAUCGAAGAACCUUAGAGUGUGUACAGACUGCCACAAUGCCACAAAGGUAAUCUCAAAGGUAUAUAAUAGAGAAAUUGUUGUUAGGGAUCGGAAUCGCUUCCAUCAUUUCAAAGAGGGAUCAUGUUCCUGCAAUGACUACUGGUAAACCAUAUGAUCUGCAUGCAUUGUCAGACUAUAAAAGGAUUUCCCCUGUUGUAGUACCAAGAGGAUACUUAGAUGCAUUCUUUAACCCUAUGGUGGCUGGCCUUAAGAGAUUUUGUACCAAGAGAGCAAUAUGAUCU